UCACUGCUCUGUAAAAAAGCAAAGAAAAAAAUGUAACUUUACAGCGACUAUGACUCUUGUCGCUAACUAAAGUUUAUGAUGUCCACAAUAGUAACUUAGUAUUGACACAUACAUUAAAGUAGCAAUAUUUUAUCUUUAUCUUAUAUUUAUAGGCCCAUUUGUAAUUUUUAGUACUUUAGAGUUGACAAGAGUAGCUCUAAGGUCAGAGAGAGCAGAUGCUUGUCCGCUGAUAACACGAACUUCCAUUUGGAGUCUUGUUUGACUGAUACACCGUAAUCACCGAGAGAGGGCCACCUUGCACACUCGAGGUCUUUACAGUUUGGCUAUUUAGGAUAACAGUUGUGUAUUAGAUUAUAAUAUAUGUAGUUAGUUGCAGCAAGAAUUUGGAUUGUGCAUUUUUAAGAGAUAGUCAGAGGGGAAAUCUGAUUGUAUUAAUAUUAUUAAGAAAUAAGACCUUCAUUUGUUCUCCAUUUAUUUCCUUUAGGAUUAACACACAAACAGACUAUUAAUCUAUUAAAGGUAUGCUUUUAGGAAACCCCACAAACCCAAAAAACACGAAAUGUUCUCACAAUGCAACGGACUGCAACCAAUCUCAUUGUAACAUUUCAGCUAAUCUCUGAUGCCGUCUUUUGAUUAAAAAAGGCCCAAAAUUAAGACUAGAAUUUUACAUUUCGACUUAUUGUCUAAGCACAGGACUUCCGUCGUUUCCAUCUUUGUGAUUCUACUCAAAGGGUAUCAACAAUAGUCUCUAUUAAUGAUUCACAGAUCAAAAAAGGUUUCCUUUUAAUAGACACUGGGUCACGUGAGUGGGGCGCAUAAUAUGGUUGCGAUAUUAUGAUGAAGGGGGUGGAUGGCAUGCGAACCCCGGUCUGCUGCUGUGCUGAUAGCGCUAGCCUACUUCACUAAAGUGGGGUUGGGUCAUUGUGGACUUGCUGGAAAGCCGGAGAGAUAGAGAGAGAGAAAAAAAAAUAAAAAGAACGAAAGACCCUGCGGAUGAUGUUAUACGGCUGUCAUGAACGGAUAUGUUUUUCCACACAGAAAAAGACAGAAAGCCCUGCGCACCAUGAGGAUGGAUUUUAUUUUGAGGUAUUUCCGUUGAUUGUUCAUUGCUCUAUAGUGAGGUUUUACGGCUCAAAGAGAAGGUCAGUUAUACCCUACAAUGGCGGAUAAAUACAGGAGAGAGUAGGACUCAAGAUCAUUAAAAUAAGCUCAACUUCGAGCAUAUUAAAGAAUCAACUUUUAUUCAUCACUUAACCGGCACCGAAACAACCACAACACUCGUAAAUCUAUUUGUGUUUCAUACAUUUACAUGUUACAUUGCUUUAAGCAACAAUUUACAAAACCAAUAUUGUUUAAAAAUGUUAAGAAAGUUAUACUGAUUUUUUAUUUAAAAAAAUGUAUUAAACUCAUAAAUCAGAAUGAAUCUGCUUCAUUUCACAAAACCUGAGGAACAGAUGUUUCUUAUCAAUAAAUAGUCUGCGCGUGUAUAAUAAAAUAAAAAUGUAAUAUAAAUGUAACUGUUACUUCGUGGACUAGCUAUUUUAUGUAGCCUAGUUUCUAAUACAUUUCAAACGUUUAAAAAUGCAGUCCAAAACAUUUUCUCUCACACCAUUAAGGUUUAUUUUAUUUUUGUUUUUUAGAAUAAAACUAUUAUUUUUUAGCCUAACAUUUUUAUUUUUAAAUGAGCGAAUGAUUAAUGAUAAUAUAUUUGUAUUGCACGUGGACUCAAAUCAGCAACACUUGUGCGUGGCUGAAAAGCUCAGGUUGUGAGGGUGUGUAAACUGGGUUUUCCCAGAAAGAAUAAAUCACCAGACAGCGAAUAAAACUCAACAGAGCAGUGGCGGCCGGAUUGUUGCGGAGCUCGCAUGGGAAACGAGGAUAUAAUAUAAAGAGUAUCAUCCAGAAGCACGCUGCCUCGCGAGGUCACGACGCUCGAGUCUUGAUUUAUGGGCUGGGGGACUAAGGGCGGCCGCUGCUAGAGAGCUAAUGACUAUUCGAUCUAAAUUCUCUCGGAAGGAAACACAAUGGAGGAGAACUCGAUGCAUUUGCCCGAGUGUUUUAUUCCCUAUGAUAUUCCUAAUGAUGAUGCAUUCUUAUUUUCACACAUACAUCAAUAUGUAUCUUUAACUGUAAAAAUAUUUACAGUUUAUUUACAGUAUUUUUAUUAUAUGCAUUUGAUCUAUUAGUAGGCUAGUGUAAUUAAUUGCAUUAGCAAAGCAAGAAUCAAUUUUAAAAUUGAUAUCCAGCACUAAUGUUUUUUAGCUUUCGUCAAGUUUAUACAAAACUUAAGAAUACGUUACCAAGAUCGUUUUCAGUAGUUAAUAGUCUUUAUUAAUAUCUGUUUAUGUACGCAAUAUUUGUCAGAUAGCCUAAGCUGAAGUUAUAUUAACCAUUCGUAGUGUAAAUGGAUUUAGAGUAAAAAUAGUGCAACCCAGCUAAAAGAAAAGAAAAAAGUUUUUAUUGUCUAAAAUAUUUUGAAUUACAUACUCAUUAAUAUAGAAUAAAAAAGGACAUAAAGCGAGUUUAUUUUUAUUUAAAGAGUAUCACAGUGCGCCCACUGAACUGUUCAUUUAAGUGUGAUUGACAUUAACAACUAUUUACAUUUCUCCUGGUUUGUGUUGAUAUGAACAAACAUAAAACAAAGGUAUUGUUGUGAGAAAAGACAAAAAAUGACAAUACUUUUAUUUCUUGUCGUAGAUCUUCAAAUAAAUGAAUGUGUCCCAUCACUAAGCCUGCAAGAGACUGUGUUUUGCUUAAGGUUCACCCGUAGAGCCCAUUGGCGAGGAGGUGUCACGUGACUACGUUGAGCCAAUGUUCUUCUACGAAGGUGUCAGGACCUUGUCAGAAAGUGAAAUAAACAUUGGGAAACGGCGAGAUGCAAAAAGCGACCUACUGCGACGGCUCGGCAAUUUACAGUGGCUUCCCCUAUCAAAGCGCAAACGGUUUAGGUUAUGAUGCCAAUCAGCAGCAAUAUCUCCAGGCCCUUCAUGUGGAAAGUGAGUACCAUCGACCGGCCUGCUCCCUCCAGUCCCCUGGUGGUUCUGCAGCUCUGCACAAACCCAGUGAAAUCUCCGAGGGCUGCCAGCGGAGUAACGGGACACAAGCACCAGUACCAGACAUCCCCGAUAACAACCAGCCCCCUACUGCCCCUUCCGGGCCAUCAUCCCCCGGUGCCCUGAACCAAAUUCCAAGCAAUGAUACCAUCAGCGAGAAUCCUGGGCACUCACCUCCAACGCCAGCUACAAGAAAACAUAUUUUUCCGUGGAUGAAGGAGUCCCGUCAGAACACAAAGCAGAAAUCUUGUAGUACCAUUUCAGUAGAGAGCUGCCCUGGAGACAAGAGUCCCCCAGGUUCUGCCGCUUCCAAGCGUGCUCGUACUGCAUACACGUCUGCUCAACUCGUAGAGCUUGAGAAGGAGUUUCAUUUCAACCGUUACCUCUGCCGCCCGCGACGAGUGGAAAUGGCAAAUCUGCUCAACCUUACGGAAAGGCAGAUUAAAAUAUGGUUCCAGAAUCGCAGGAUGAAGUACAAAAAGGACCAGAAGGGGCUUGGAAUGAUGCCCUCUCCUGGAGCACAGUCCCCUCACAGUCCCGUUGCUCUGUCAUCUGGUGGCGGAGGAGGGGGUGGGACUGCAUAUUUAAGUUCAAUGCAUUCUCUGGUUAACAGCGUGCCCUACGACUCACCCUCUCCAGCAUCAUAUAACAAACCCCAGCCUAAUGCGUAUAGCCUGCCUACGUCAUAUCCACCUCCUCUGAAUAACUGCCCGCCUCCUCAGAAGCGGUAUCCGGGGACUGGCACAGCCACGCCUGAAUACGACACGCAUCAUCUUCAAGGCAACAACAAUUACGGAACGCAAGUGCAGGGUAGCCCGGUUUAUGUCAGUGGCGGUGGAGGCUACUCGGAUUCUUUGGUAGGUAUGGGGGCCUCGGUAUUUGGCCUGACCCAUCUACCCCAUCCACCUCAAGGCAAUAUAGACUACAAUGGCUCAAUCACCAUGGGAAACAGCCAUCAACAAGGAGGGUGCGAACCAAACCCAUGCACAUUCACAGACCUUACACCGCACUAUUCUCAGGGAAGAAUUCAGGAAGCGCCCAAACUGACGCAUCUAUAGUGCGAUGGACUUCUCCCUGUCCACGGCACUUUUCGGCCACCUAUUUUGUUCAUAGUUUUCCCGACGUAGCCUGUUUUAUGUUCAACUUUACAUAUAGAAAAUAAGUUCUUAAAACCGUAUAGGCUAAAUGUCAUGGCAUAUAUGUAGGGCUAUUUGAAUUGUUUAGGUUAAUCUGAAACAGGGUAUAAGAACACAGUUUUAUGAUGUUUUUAAAUUGAUUUCGAUUUAAAAGUUUUUAAAUUGUCCCUAUAGUCCACGAUUUUUUUCUGUUU